AUGGCUGAACCCCUUGUGUACCCAGAUUCACCAUUAGCUGAUUACUUAAAACAAUCUGUACCUUCUGAAUUACCUACUCUGAUCAACUCAAAUCAGGAUCUCAACAAGAACGAUGAACCAUUGAACUUUGACUUUCUAUUCGAUUUCUUCAAUCGACUUCAUGAACUUUGUUCUCAGUUUGAUCUUAAAACUUCAAUCCAACUCAUUCUCUCUAACUUUCAAUCAUCAAACUCAUCAACCGAUCCAUCUCGAGUCGAUCAAACUGAGUCAUUUGAUCAUGUUCAAGCUCGUCUCUCAGAACGUCUCAAAUACCUCAUUUGUUCUUCAUUCUUACUCAAUCCUCAACUAUCUCCCGCCUUCUAUGACUCGGUCUCAACUCCUCCAAUGGGAUCGGACCCUGAUCCUAUCUCAACACCAUCCUCGACCCCACCAAUACCAACUGGAAAAACUCACACCAACCCUUACAUUCCCAUCGCUAUAUUCUCGCUCCUUAUACUCAACUUCCUUCCAAAAUGGCUCACCCUGCUCAUCAUCAUCGUUCUCGGAUCAACUUUCUUUCUCCUUUACCCUCUACUACCAUCUCAUCAGUCAACAAGCGAACUGAACUCUGAUCCACUUCACUUUCAGUCAAAACUCGUUCCAACCGCUGCCCAACUUGUUACCAAUAGUCAAGCCAUGGACGUUCGUAUCAGUCGGGCAAUGGGAGCUGUCAGGGAAGUUGAAUGUGUAGCCCUCGGAUUAGCAAUUUCCGAUCCUAUGCCACCUGUCUCUCGGCUCGAAUCUGCGUCAUUUGCACUUGGGACCGCGGACAACGAACUUUCUACUGAGUCGCCCUCUCUUGGGGGUCUUGCUAGCUCACCCACAAAUAUCAUUCAGCCUAAGCUUCAUGCCAUCGGAUUGCGCAAAGUUGUCAAAAGUGUGCUCGAUCAAGCUCGACAUCUAUAUGAACAUGCAGCCGUCGAAAUCGAAACUGUUCUCACCUCGUUUUCGUCUAACCCUGAUGUUCGCCCACCAUUGGAUGCAUUGAUGGAAAUGUAUGGAUGUUCACGUGAAGGAUCGGCGACCACGUCUAAUCAGCCCUUCGAAAGCGCUCGCACUCGAACUCUCUCCCAACGCAGCAACAGAAGGGAGUCCUUGCUUUUCAAUUCAUCUUCACCUCGUGAAAGCAGUGACUCUCAGCAUAGUCUUAAUCGAUACAGCUGGCAGCCUUCCUUGUUAUCCUCUGGUCGAUCCCCACCUCGUAUAGCUACCGACUCUGACUCACUAGCUUCUCCGAAUCCGGUUGGCUCUUUUGAAGACUUCAAAGCCUCCAUGUUACGCCGUAGCCAUCCCCGAGCCCGGCUUGCAGCUUCGAUAGGCUCACCCAGCGAAGGCCUUUACGCCAACGCUCUUGGACUUGGUACCAUCCCUACCAGCCCUCAUAAUUGGUCUUCCGAUCCAUUUUCGCCGUCACACCAUGCGUGUUCCGGAAUACCAGAGAUUGAACCGGUGAAUCGCUUGCGAGAAAGCGUUCAUCAUGAAUCCUUCACAUCAUCAUCUCCGACUCCAUCACCUCGAGUCGACCGUAUCGAUAAGCGCAUCUCACUUGGGUGGGGCUCAAGCCCUGCAGGCCUACGUCCAUCUCCAUCCCUGCGUGGACGUACUAGGCCGACCUCAAUGAUGGCACAGUCAUCCAUUCGCCGUGCCUCGUCUUAUGGUCCCAUUAUCCCAACCCAGUCUCCAGCUCGUGAGGAGCAUACUCCUCGUAUACCUGAUGACUUUGUGACUCAUAAUCGAGUACCUGAAAUACGCGAGCCUUUAUCACUCAUUGAACUACAAGCAUCAUUCGAUCGAAUGCACAUAUCUCGAAAACGCAUCUUAUGUGGGCUCCUUGCACUCGAUUUUUCAUGUCCUAUUGCGGGGGCCGCCGUUUGGUCGCAAACAGUCGAAAUUAUACAAUCAUUAGUUGAAGCCAUCGAAAGGUUGGGGAAUGAAGUCAGUGACGGCAUGAGUCUUGAGUUUGGCCCUGGCUCAUUCGAAACGAAAGCGGUACCCAAAGCUGUUCGUGAGGUCACUGCUUCCACCAAUGCCACUCAAGAGGAAAGGCGAGAUUCCCGAAGGAGGUCGUUUAUGGAUUUCGCUCCACCUGCCCCACCUGGUGAAGCAGAUCAACGUAGAGUUGUCGAAGUCCUGGAACAAUUGAAGGCCGUCGACUGUGUGUUGAGAACACUGUCGGCCAAGGUGAGCGUUUGUGUCGAAGAACUAGGGAGUCAGACCCAUGUUGAAGAAGGGAGAGCUACAGCCAUGGGUGUCCACGAAUCGAUGCGAGCUGACUUGGAAAGAUUGGGACGUGAAUGGGAUGAAAGCCGAUGUAAGAUGAGAAGGAUUGUAGAGGGAGAAAAGAUAUUAGGACAACAUCGGCUCUCUUCUGGGAAUCGGGCUCGACCUGAGUCAUUUGACAGCAUUAGUGAAAGCGUCAGUGGCACAGGAGGAGGAGAAAGUGGCUCAGGGCGUACUUCAUCUGUCUUCUCUAGCGAGGCUCUCACACCGGUCGAAGAGGAUGGACCUGAAAUAGUUGAAGAUGAAGAUACAAGAACCAAGAAUUUCAGGCGAUAUGGUCUUGAAGAAGUCUUUGAAGCAGUAGUGACUAACAGGACUCGAUCAGGAUCGAUGACUACUGGUCAAAUCAAAUUAACAAGAGAGGAGCGAAUUCGACUGGCUCGUCAGAAACGUGAAUCGAUGCCUGUUAGCUCCAAGAUCGAAGCCAACACAGGUGGUGUGGUGACCGAACUAAAGGAUGUACUCAGUGUGCUCAAAGCUAGACGUUUAAAACAAUUGGCCCAAGACCAGCAAGUUGAGGCAGGGACUGUUGGUCAGCGUACUAGUCUGAUGUUUUAGGAGCUUUUACCACGGACAAGAAUGAUUAUAUCUAUAUAUGAUAAUUUUAAUGUGUUUUCGCCUGUCUUAUCAUUAUUCAACUUUUGUGUUUCUCUCUCUUUCUCGCUCUCUCUCUGUCUUUUCUCUUCAUGUUCCUAAUGUUGUAUAACUUUGGUUCAGGUUCACUUCGUUUUUUCAAACUUUUCUACAUGAUCUUCGUCUGUCAUUUAUAACAACAUAUCAUCAUCAUCAUUAUCAUCAUCAUCAUCACUGGAUAUAGAGGCAUCUUUACUUUUUUUUUUUACUUUUUUUUUCGUUUUCGUUUACUCAUCUUAAACCAUGCAACAUUACCAAACCGAAAAAAAAAUCACAGAACUCUUUAUGCAUCACAAACCUUUUUAUUUUGUUUUUUCAGUCCAGUCAUUCUUUUUUUUUGACCAUAAAAUAUCAGUUCUUCUGGAAACAGCUAUAUUGUGAUUAUUAUUAUUUUUUUACGUUGAUUGAGGAAAACAAAAACUGGAUUUUUCUUGAUUUC